ACUCACCCAGCCAAGAAAGUUCCAAGGGCAAAUCUCCUCGCACAUCUCGCUCAUGCAUAUCAGCUAUCCACUCGCUUAUCCAUCUGACGCCGCCAAGGCGCCGCGCACAGCUCUUUGCAGUCGAGUCCAGAGUCCGCAGCGAGCGCAGCGGCGUGAGCAGCAAGGCCUUAAGCACGGCCCGCGCCGAGCUCGGCAGAUCAGCGAGCGGCAACGCCAUCAACAACCACACCAUCAAUGCGCCUGGGUAUACCGCUUCUUACCUUGUUCUCCGCGGUGGCGGCGGCAGUGUCCGCUGCCCCGGCCCCCGUGGCGGCGCCUGCGCCUCCGCCGGCCCUCGCCGAGCGCCAGUCCCAACCCACCUUCCCGCAGCCGCCGGGCGAGCGCAACAUCAACGCCGCAGCGACCUGGGACGACAUCCGCGGCGUGAGCGACCUCUCGCGCUGGAUCCUCGACUACCACAACCAGUUCCGCGCGCAGUUUGGCUCGCCGCCCCUCCAGUGGGACGGCAACCUCGCCUUCUUUGAGACGAUGCACACGUUCUCGUGCAACAACUCGCACUGGGGCAACGACAACCUCGCGUGGUACUCGACCACCGGACCAGCGUCUUACCCAGUCAACCAGCUCAUUGACAUGUGGGCGGGCGAGUGGGUGGACCACUACAACCCCCCGCGCGAGGUGUACGACCACUUCUCGGCGAUGGUAUGGGCGAGCGCCACGAACGUAGGGUGUAGCUGGUCGCUGCGCUGUCGGGACGGCGACUGGCCAAACCACAUCUACUUUACGUGCCGAUACGGCCCCGUGGUCAACCUACUGGGGCAGUACGCAGAGAACGUUGGCGCCUUCCGAGGCAGUUAGAGAGCGUACGACGCGACGAACGAACAAACAAGCCGAAUGAAACUACGACAAUACGCGCGAUACGGUACGAAACAGUCAAUGACACCGGAUGUAUAGAGC